AUUGCCUACUUCCCGUCGUCCAAAGUGGCUGAGCAUCGAGCCAACUAUGUUCCGGCUACUGAUUUGCUGACCAACGGUAAGGAGACCGCCGUCUCCCUGGCAAACUGUUCUACCUCUGUUGGUUCUCUCAUAGGAAGCCUGCAAGAUGAAGUGGUUUCAACGAACAACGUGGACCUUCUCCUGACCUCCGAACCGCUCACCUUUCCAGCUGAUGCGCUAGAUGCUGGACCCUGGCAACAGACUCGUGAAAUAAAGUUGCUCAAACUUCCCGGAGAGUCAGGCUGGGGCCUAAGACUUACCGGCCCUGAACUCUGGGACCCCUCCUCCUCAUCGCUGCAGUCUUUGCCGCUACCGCCUGGCAUUAACCGGCCCUGUUUUGUCUCCGAAGUCAUCUCCAAAUCCGCUGCCGACCGUUGUGACCUAAUUGAACCUGGGGACAUUAUCGUGGGGGUAAACGGACUAGAUGCGUCGUCUGCGGGCUGCCGGGGCGUUGCAGAGUGGAUUUACUCCGCGAACUUAGUCACUGCCACUGCGGCCACCGUUGCCACCUCUUCCUCCUCCUCGUCCGCCUUUUCCCCCUCUGAUGGUGAUGCCCUGUCUUCCGCCCCCUCCCCCACGAACGCCGUUGGUCUGGAUAACGAAGCGGCCAUCCUCUACCUCCUUACCCUGCCCCUCAGCUCUCUUCCUACGGAGACGCUAAACCGUCUCGCAGCUCCUCUCCUCCUCAAUGAUCUCAGCCCUCAACCAUCUGAGCAAAAACCUGAUGGCAAAUCCAUUCUGCCUGUUCCUCUUCCCUCCUCUGUACUUAGUCCGACUGUCAAACUAGACCAUCAUGUGAGCACUCUGUUUUCGCUCGUUACCGCUUUGAUGGAGAAGUAUCGACGACCGUCGCUGACGGAAGAUAAAAUCCUCAUCGUCCCACUGGUCAUUAAGCCAACUUCUCUCUCCCAGCCACCCAAUCGAUCUGGACACAUGGACUGCGAAACCGUUGGCAUCCGACUUGUCGGUCACAAGGACGUGAACAAUCGUGGUGUCUUCAUUUGUGGCAUCAGAGAGUCCUCCCUUGCGUCGGCUGCAGGCGGCCUCAUGGUUUCUGAUGAAAUUGUUCAGGUACAGGAAGCCUGCAUUAUGCUUCUACCAUUUGUGCGCUUUUCUGCUUUUAAGUUUACUCGUGGUCUACCGUCGCCUCUGUCUCUGCUCAUCUCGAAGGAGGCGGAGUCUGUCCGCCGGCUCUUUAGUGUUGGCGAGGCCAACAGCCGGACGAACACCCUGUUCAUUGUUGUGCGCCGGAAUCCCACCUACAAUUUCUCCGUGAUGGCCAAACCCUCAAACCUCGUUAGCCACUUUCCUCCCGGCCAAACCCCUGUAGAAAGUGAGAUAAAAGAGGUACUAACUGCCCCCUUCUCCUCUUUCUCUCCCCUGCUCCCUAUGGUUGUAAAUGCAUUUUGGUUACCGGUUUCAUUUCGUCUUCUAGUCUUAUUCCAUUGGCGACAACAUUUUAUUCCCCAGUGUCAAUCUGACUCAUGA